CCACCGAGAGUCGGAUCCUUUAAUUGUCGGGCUCCUGCCCCCUCCAUCGGGUCCCUUUCUCUUUCGAUCUCCUCUCCAUCCCACUACAGCUCUCCAUCAGCAUAUACACAAGUCGAGGCAGUGCCUGGUAUAAGACGACUUGCUUGGCCAUAUCCGACAAUCGAAGUCCAUCCACGACAUCGACACGACCGCUCCGUAUCUACAACUCAGUAACAGCAGCUUCAAUCUCCAGUUCGCCAACAUGUCGUACGCCCAUACCGGUGCGCCGACCGAAUUCAAUGGCACAAACGCGUUGAUGGGUGGUGAUUCAAGAACCGAGAACCUGAACCAGUGGUUCACUCAUGGUGACGUCUCCUACAUCCUCAUCGCCUCGGCGAUGGUGAUGAUCAUGGUUCCCGGCCUCGGCUUCCUCUACUCGGGUCUCGCCCGGCGCAAGUCCGCUCUGUCCCUCAUCUGGGCAUGUAUAGGAUCGUCGGCGGUGGUGACGUUCCAGUGGUAUUUCUGGGGAUAUUCGCUCGCGCUGUCGCCGAGUGCAACCAACGGCUUCAUCGGCGACCUCAAGCGCUUUGCGCUCCAGAACACGUUGGGCGCUCCGUCACCAGGCUCGCCGCUCAUUCCCGAGCUGCUGUACAGUUUCUACCAGAUGCAGUUCGCCGCCGUCACAGUCGCCAUCGUCAUGGGCGCUAUCGCCGAGCGCGGUAGACUCCUCCCCGCCAUGGUCUUCACCUUCUUCUUCACCACCCUCGUUUACUGCCCCGUCUGCUGCUGGGUGUGGAAUGUCAACGGAUGGGCUUUCCAGUACGGUGUUUUGGACUACGCUGGCGGUGGUCCCGUUGAGAUCGUUUCCGGAGUCGGUGCUCUCGCAUACUCGAUGGUCCUCGGCAAGCGUCAGGAGAAGAUGCUCCUCAACUUCCGCCCCCACAACGUCUCCUUGAUCACCCUGGGAACAAUCCUCCUCUGGUUCGGCUGGCUCGGCUUCAACGGAGGAUCCGCUUUCGGUGCUAACCUCCGCGCUGUCAUCGCCUGCUGGAACUCGAACCUGACCGCCGUCAUGUCUGGAAUGACCUGGGUGCUCCUUGAUUUCCGUCUGGCCAAGAAGUGGUCAAUGGUCGGUCUCUGCUCCGGGCUGAUCUCUGGCCUCGUCGCGGCUACUCCUGCCUCCGGCUUCCUACCGCUGCACGCCUCGAUCCUUCUCGGCGUGUGCUCCGGCGUCAUUUGCAACUACGCCACCAAGAUCAAGUACCUGAUCCACAUCGACGACACGAUGGACGUGUUCGCGGAGCACGGCGUGGCGGGCAUGCUCGGGCUCAUCUUCAACGGCCUGUUCGCCGCCGACUACGUCAUCGGCCUCGACGGCGUCAACAACGGCAUCACCGGCGGCUGGCUCAACCACAACUGGAAGCAGCUGUACAUCCAGAUCGCGUACAUCGUCGCGUGCACCGCGUACACGUUCGUGGUCACCGCGCUGAUCUGCUACGCCAUCAACAUGGUUCCCGGGCUGCAGCUGCGCGCGACUGAGGAGGCAGAGCUCCUCGGAAUGGACGACGACCAGCUCGGAGAGUUCGCGUACGACUAUGUCGAGGUCCGCCGCGACUACCUCGCCUGGACCCCGGCGAAGGAGUACCAUCACCAGCCGAGUCCUGUUGCGGCUGGCGACCGCCACGGCAUCGCCGCACACAGCCAGAUGAUCGAGGGCUCAUCACCACAAUACCAGACGCCGCCGUCGCCCGUUACAGAGCUCAACACGAAGAAGGACUAGAUCUAACUCCAAUUUCUCCUGUUUUUCUUACGACCGUUCGUUUUUUGGAUACAUCAUCAUCACUUUUUGGGAUCGGUUUGGG